AUGCAUCUGAAACAUUCCACGGCCCUUGCUGCUAUUGCAGCUGUGUGUAUUCAAACCACCUCUGCUCACGUCGCUCGAAAUGCUCCCAAAGACCAGACAUGCAGAAAAGCCAGCGUUGCCAUCCUAGGCGGUGGUAUGGCUGGCAUAACGGCUGCACAAGCACUCGCGAAUAACUCUGUUACCGACUUUGUUAUCAUCGAGUAUAACAAUCGCGUCGGCGGCCGUGCCACGCAGAGAAAUUUCGGCAAGAAGAAGGAUGGUUCGCCGUACGUGAUUGAGCAGGGAGCAAAUUGGAUUCAAGGCCUUGGCAAUCCCGGUGGACCAGAAAAUCCUGUUUGGACUUUGGCCAAAAAGUACAAACUCAAGAAUACCUACUCCAACUACAGUUCCAUUUUGACAUAUAAUGAAACUGGAUACACCGACUACAGUGAGAUCCUGGAUGAAUACGACGCAGCAUGGACCAAGGCAUCUGUAAAAGCUGGCCGCAUGCUCGCGGAGAAUAUCCAAGACGAGACUACGCGUGCUGGUCUCGCCAUGGCCGGAUGGAACCCGAAGCACAGUGACAUGAAGCGUCAGGCAGUUGAAUGGUGGAACUGGGAUUGGGAAUCUGCUUUGACACCGGAAGAUUCGUCCCUGAUAUUUGGUGCUGCCGGUGAUAACCUCACCUUUAACCAGUUCAGCGACGAAAACAACCUCGUCAUUGAUCCCCGAGGAUACAGACACAUUAUUGAAGCAGAAGCGGCAACAUUCCUCAAGAAGAAUGACAACCGACUCUUGCUCAAGACUCAAAUCACCAACGUCACCUACUCAGACGACGGCGUCACCAUUCACAAUAGCGACGGUUCAUGCAUUUCCGCCGCAUACGCAAUCUGUACCUUCUCCCUUGGCGUUUUGCAAAACGACGUCGUGGCCUUCAAGCCCCAGCUCCCCGAGUGGAAGCGCGGCGCCAUCUCCAAGUUCAGCAUGGGAACAUAUACCAAGAUCUUUAUGCAAUUCAACGAGACGUUCUGGCCAGAAGACACGCAGUACUUCUUGUAUGCGUCUCCAACCAAGCGCGGAUACUACCCCGUCUGGCAAUCUCUCUCAACGGAAGGAUUCAUGCCCGGCUCAAACAUCAUAUUUGCCACAGUCGUAGAAGACGAAUCCUACAGAGUUGAACAGCAGACAGAUGAGCAGACCAAGAAGGAAGCCCUAGAGGUUCUGCGACAAAUGUUCCCUAACGUCACUGUCCCCGAGCCCAUAGCAUUCGAGUAUCCCCGAUGGACAAAGACGCCCUGGGCAUAUGGAAGCUACUCCAACUGGCCUAUUGGCACCACGCUCGAAAUGCACCAGAACCUGCGGGCGAACGCUGGCAGACUUUGGUUUGCAGGCGAGGCUACCAGUGCUGAAUACUUUGGAUUCCUGCACGGUGCUUGGUUCGAGGGCAUGGAGGCUGGAUCUCAAGUUGCUGCUUUGUUGAAGGGCCAGUGUGCGCAUGUUUACAAUGGUACGGUGUGUGGCGGCAGGCAUCAUUACGAGGUGCUUCACGGGACGUCGCCUCUGGAGCAUUAUAAUGUUUUGAAUGGCUGGGCUACGAGUAGCUUUUAUGCGAGCGAAUCGGAUGAGUGA